UCCUUACAACAUGGACCAUAGAGUGAGUACGACUGGUAAGGAGGACAUAUUACCUGCCAUGUCUGAUGAAUUCUGUACUGGAGAGGAGAAGCUGGAAGACCUUGAAAAUACCUAUCUGGAUGUAUCUGAGCUGAGAAUCGCAAACAAUGUCAAACCAGCCGUAUAUUCUAUGGCUUAUGCCUUGGGUGGUCUAAGUAGAUGUGAAGAAGGGCAUGGCCGUAUAUGCCAGGAAAUACCUGACUUUGAACCUUGGCAGUUAAAUGUACUAUAUGAAGACACUUAAGUUUACCACCCGUAAUGGAGAGAGAAUAGAAAUUGAUGAAAAUGGAAAUGUGACUGGGUACUAUGAUAUUCUAAAUUGGCAAUUACGUGGUAAUGGAGAGGUUGCCCUGGUCAAGG